AAAUAUGAAAUGUACGCCUCAGUUGGUCGCGACUGUCCGACGCAUAAACGCGUUGUCUAGUACUUUUCGCGCUUGCGUCGGAACGUUCGAUUUUUAAAUCAUUUAACGUAAAAUAUUUUGUUUUUUUAUUGGUGAUCUCAGUUCUCUAUUUUUAAAUUAAUAAUCAUGCCCGAAGUAGAUACGAGCAGGGAGCUGGAGGUGUUCAAAGAUUGGCUUCAUAAGCAGCCUCAUUUACCUCAUGAAGUCGACGACAUCCUCCUCCUCCGUUUCCUGACCUGUUGCCGGUUCAGUCUGGAGCGAGCCAAGCGAACCAUCGACCUGUUCUUCACAAUCCGUUCCAAUGCUCCCGACCUGUUCUGCAAACGUGAUCCUUGGUCCCCGGAGAUACAGCGCGUUUUUGAAAUCACGGACAUGCUGCCCCUCCCACAGAGGACAAAAGAGAACUACCAGGUGUUCCUCUACCGCCUCAACAAUCCUAACUUAGAUCUAUUCAACUUCGUCGAUGCUGUGAAGACCUUCUUCAUGCUAGCAGACACAAGGAUCACUGAAAACCAUAGCAUACCGAAAGGAGAGAUACCAAUAUUUGAUGCGGCUAAUGUCACGCUCAAAUUCGUUGGGAAAGUCAAUCUGUCGGCGCUUAGGAAAUAUAUGAUGUACACACAGGAGGCGAUGCCGAUCCGACUAAAGCAGGUGCACGUUAUCAACGCACCUUCGUACAUCAACAAGAUCUACAACCUCUGCAAGCCGUUCUUGAAGACUGAAGUCGCCAAACUGAUUCAGUUCCACGAGCCGAAUACAGACACGCUAUACAAGGAUGUCCCACAGGAGCUUUUACCAACAGAGUUUGGUGGCAAAGCCGGUUCCAUUGAAUCCAUCAAGAGAGUGUGGAUCAAGAAGAUGGAAGCUAAGAGAGAUUGGUUCCUAGCAAACGACAAACUGUGGGCGAUUGACGAGUCUCGAAGACCCAGCGGUAACCAUGACGACAGGGCUGACAAAGUCAAAGAGCUGCCUGGUUCCUUCCGUUCUUUAGCUUUAGAUUAAUGAUAGAAUUUAUUUUAUAACUAAUUUUAGUGUGAUUUAUUUUUUAAGUACCGUAAAUUCGGGUCUCUUUGAUUCUGCAGGAUAACUUUGAUCCAAACUUUAAUGUGACUUUAUUACUGGGUUAAUGUAGGGUUUGGAUCAAAAUUAUUACAUAGGAUCAAAGUGAUCCAAAGUUAUCCAUUAUAUUUUAAAACGUCAGUUAUGGUAUUUGUUAUAUUUUGAGAUUGAUUUACUUAUAUCUAUACUUACUUUGUUUGCUUGCUUGAACGCGCUAAUCUCCGGAAUUAUUGGUGCGAUUUGAAUAAUUAUUUUUGUGUUGGAUACUAAAUUUUAACGAGGAAAGCCACGCUAUGACCAAUAGAGAACAUGCAACGGAUGACACCGCGCGGAAAUAGCUAGAUAUUUCGUUUCUUUUUUAUUUUAAAUUUUAUUGAAAAGGUUGUGUAAUUAGUAUCUUAUCUAAGAUUUUUAAAUAGUGAAGAUAGUGCAAAUAGUGGAUAUUAUAUAAAAUAUUUUGUAUCAUAUAAAAUUAAAUUAAUUUCGAGGACAAGUUUUUUACCAGUGAUCAUAUAUAUUUUUAUUUGGUUUUUGUAAUAUAAAUAAUUUUGUCGAGUAGUUCUAAGUUGGUUGGUAGAUCUUACCACCUAGGAUUAUGGUGAUCUGCCUAUACUUAUGUGAUAUGUUUAAGUAAUAAAACAUGAUAAUAUUA